AUGACCACAAAGUCAGCGACCUUCUACUCCAAGGCUCAUUACAGUCAUGCCAAGUAAGGAUUUUCAAGAUUUUUCGGGUUUUAUCUGUAGAAUGUAGAGUCUUGUCAUGGUGAAUAUGUUACGAAAACGAAAUUAUUUAUAUAUGAAGCUAUGUCACUGUUUCUCGAGUUUUUUUUUAACUUUUGGAGGGGUAUAUUUACUUUUUUAUCUUGGGAGGGGUAGAUUUUUUUUUGUUUUAGGGGCUGGGGGAGGGGGGGGGGAAUAUUUUAAUAUAGAAAUAGAGCCGAUGAAAGACUUUUUCGAAAAAAUAAGUUUUGGAGAAUGGUAGACGGAGGGGUUAAAACAAUUUUAUAGAUGGGGGUGCAAAAAAAUUUUUUUUAAAAAUUUUUUUAACAAAUUGGCUUAAAAUAGCAAGAACUUUCUUUACAAAUUAAAAAAUGACAAACACUUUCUUUACAGAACAAAAAAUGACAAAAACUUUCUUUACAAAACAAAAAAAGGCAAGAACUUUCUUUACAAAUUAAAAAGUGACAAAAACUUUCUUUACAAACUUUAAUUUUUAAAACUUUUCAGAGACACUCCAGAAACCCAUAGCUUUAUCACCGACGAUGUCAAGGAAGAUCGACGUGAUAAGGCGGUUGGAAUGUGGCUAAUGUUCUGUUCCACCGUUCUCUUUUGGUGUUUGGCCAUUGGUGGUACAACUCGUCUUUCUGGAGCCGGAUUGAGUAUCACUCGAUGGGACCCAAUUGGUACCAUUAUACCACCUUUGAAUGAGAAUCAGUGGAAGAGUGAAUUGGAUUUGUACAAACUUACUCCUGAAUACAAACUGUAGGUUACGGUAGUUUUUUAUUGUGGCGGAGAGUAGGGCAGGGUAGGAUAGGGUAGGGUAGGGUAGGGUAGGGUAAGGUAGGGUAGGGUAGGGUAAAGUACGGUAGAGUAGAGUACAGUAGUGAGGAUAGAGUACGGUAGAAUACGGUAGGGUAGAGUAGAGCAGGGUAAGGUAAACCUCCAGAAAGGCAAAGUACUAAUUGUAAUAUUACAGUAAGCACGCCACUCCUGUUCUUCAAUCCGAUCUCCCCCUACACGAAUUCAAGUCCAUGUGGAUGAUGGCCUACCUUCAUCGUCUACUAUCCCACCUUCUAGCCAUCGUAUUCUUCGUUCCAUGCGCCUAUUUCUGGUACAAGGGCAAGUUCAACUCGAAAGCCAAGAAGUUAAUGAUCGCUUGUGGAGUACUAUUGGCUCUACAAGCCGUAGUGGGCUGGUUCGUGGUAAAAUCAGGCUUGGAGUCUGACGCAACCGGCACGACAAAGCUAAUCUGCCCAUAUAGACUAGCCUUACAUCUGCUGCUGGGAUUCUUCUUGUACAUGCUGUUAUUGCUACCCGCUUUUGCUCAUCUGUUUAAGCCUGUCUAUGUAAGUUUUUAUGAUGGGCGGAGUAAAAACGUUAUUUAGGGGGGGGGGAGGGGAGUGGGGUGGAGGGGUAAAUAUGAAAAUUUAAAAAAAAUAGGAGGAGGAAAAAAAUAUUUUUUUUUAUUGGGCGGGUAAAAAGUUUUUUUUUGGGGAAAAAAAUUUUAAAAGGCAAGGUAAGAAAAAUUAUUUUUAAGCAAAGGCAAAAGUAAAAAUUUAUGAAAUUGAUUUAACUUUGUGAUUUCAGUACGUAGAAGCAGCCCAAUCGAUCAAAGCCUACCGUGGCCUAGUCUCAUUCACCAUUACUUCAAUGCUGAUUACUGUAACUUUUGGCGCUUUUGUUGCUGGACUAGAGGCCGGAAAGAUCUAUAACACUUGGCCACUCUAUAAUGGCAAUUUCUUCCCACAAAACAUGAAUGUGGAGCGGCCAAUGAUUCGAAACUUCUUUGAAAACCCUGGCACAGUCCAGUUUUUGCACAGAAAUAUGGUAAGUUUUGACGUCUAAAUAAAAUUCUUUUUAUGUUCAAAAAAAAUUUUAUAGUUUGUAUAGUUUGAAAUGAGGUACAGAAGCAAUUUUUCAAUUAUUAAAAAAUUGAUAGGAUUGGUGGCAUUUCGUCACUUUUUCCAAUAAUUUGUGUGACACUUUUUUGAAGUUGCUGAAAGUUGCAAAAAAACUUUUAACCUGCCUUAUUGUAAGGUUUUGAUUACGUAUAUAGUGUUUCUAAGUAUAUAGCGCUUUGUUACGUUGUCCAAUACUUUUUGUGACACUUCUUCACAUAUUCCAAUAACUUUUUGACAUUUCGUUUAAUACUUAAAAAGAUGUUCAAAAACAUAUGUUAUAUAAAAUAAUAGUACAAAUUUUAACUUUACUUUAAUUUCAGGCCUACAUCACAUUAGGAUUGGUUAUUUUCACUUAUGUUCGCGGCCGUCGUAUGACAUUACACAAGAGAGCCCUAAUGGCCCUUAAUGGCAUGUUAGUCUUGGGAUUGCUGCAAGUUGUGGUUGGAAUUACUAACUUGGUAAGUUUUUACAUACUUUUUUUACUUUUUUUAAAAUAUUUAUCGACCAUUUUUAGUUGAUUUUUUGAAACCGUAGUAACUUUCUUUACAAAAAUUUUUUUCAAAAUAUAGAAAUUUCAAAAUUUUUUAAAAUUUUAAAGCUUCAAAAUAAAAUUUUUGCAAUUUUCAGCUACUGACCGCCCCAGGCUGGCUAUCGGCUGUUCAUCAGACUGGCGCACUGUCAUUCAUUGGCAUGGCUACUUGGCUAAUGUUUGAAAUUUGUCAUUCUAGCAAGUAA